AUAUGUGUCUGUUUGUCUGUGUCAGUCAAACAGCCACCUUUCCCAUAAGCUCAAAAAACAGCUUUUGAUCGACCUAAUGUUUGUUCUUUUUUGCAUUUUCCACUGAGAGAAAGAGAGAGAGUAUAGAGACAGAGAAAAACAACCCUCAGAACAUGCUCCUCUGACAAUAACAGACGAACCAAAUAUCCUAUGGUUCCCAACAUUAUUCCACACACCACAUCUUAGAUUUUUUCUCACACUCCCUUCAACCCCUUAUAAAACUUCCCUUUCCCGUUUCUCAUUUUUCAUCAUCACAAACACACGAACCUUUUUGCUUAUAUUGUUAAAUUCCACAGUUACUACACACAAAAUGUUCAAUCAAGAAAAACUCAUGCAUUACCAAGUGGAAGCAUCAUGGAGCUACUACAUGAGAGUAAGAACAAUGGAAGAAGAUCAAAUGGAGAGAAUCAUGAGGAUAGCUACACAAAGUGCUGUUGUGAUAUUCAGCAUAAGUAGUUGCUGUAUGUGUCAUGCAAUGAAGAGUUUGUUCUGUGGUAUGGGAGUGAAUGCAAUGGUUCAUGAAGUUGAUGAAGAUCCUAAAGGGAAAGAAAUGAAAAGAGCAUUGAUGAGGUUACUUGGAAAUUCAACAUCACUUCCAGUUGUUUUCAUUGGUGGGAAAUUAGUUGGUUCUAUGGAUAGAGUUUUGGCUUUUCAUAUCAAUAGUUCACUUAUUCCUCUUCUCAAAGAUGCUGGUGCUUUAUGGCUUUAAUUAGAUUAUGAAUUAGUUUCUUUGUCAUUUGAGUAACAAAUAAUUAGUGGUCAUCUUUAGAUGCUUAAAUAGAGGGAUUAGCCAGAUUUCUAUUGUAAUGAAAUGACAAUGAAAUUAUUGGAUUCACUCAAUUUUCUCUU